CACAAGUGUCACAUUGAUUUCUUUCGUUAUUGAGGUCUGUCACUAAUCUUAAAUAUAUAUCUUGUUGAUUAAUUAAUUCUUUUUGUGUUUCACAACAUCGAAGACAAAAAAAAAAAACAGAAAAAAAGGAAAAAUAAGGAAGUAAAAAAAAAAACCCGUUUUUACUUCGGUCGAAUUUUGGGAUUUUACAAUUUCCAGUUCUUUAGAGUUAAUUGGUGAAGUUUAACAAACAUGGCAUCAUGAUGAAUGAUGAAGAAUCAGAUGCAGUCUCUGCAUCAAUCCUUGACGAUGAUGAAGAGGAGAUAUUUGAAGUUAAUCAUGACAAACCAAUCCUACCUUUAAGACAAAGUGGGAACCGAGCCACACAAUGGACAUGGUGUGGAAAAUUCCUCAAGUCUGUUGGACUAUCAGCGUCUUUUUUAGCUCUCGGACUUUGUUUGGCCGUACCCGGGGUGACAUUACUGGACUUGAAAGAACGGGUAGGCACCACCACCGAGUACAUCUCCUACAUUUUCACGGCACGCUCAGUGGGAUACCUGCUUGGUUCCAUUCUGGGUGGAUUUCUAUUUGACCAUUUUGACCAGCAGUUACAACUCUCUUACACCCUCCUCCUCACUUCUGUGGCCACCAUCACAGCCCCAUGGUGCACUUCUCUUGUUGUUCUGGCUGUCAUGAUUUCCUUCCAAGGAAUUGCAAUGGGAGUUCUGGACACAGGUGGAAAUGUUUUCUGUAUGAGAAUCUGGGGUCAACAAAGUGGACCUUACAUUCAAGCUAUGCAUUUUGCUUUCGGUAUUGGUGCCUUUAUUGCCCCACUGUUAGCUAAACCCUUUCUGGCUCCUGUCAUAUCAAGCAACAUGACACCAAUCUUAACCCACCCCCACCUGCACGUGCAUAUUCCAGGCAUGGAUGCCAAACAGCAUCUGUUAUAUCUGCGGGACGUUCCACAACCACUUACCUGGAAUCAGUCUACAGGUGGCAUCAGCACAACUACCAAAUAUUUCACUGAUAGUAACAGUAGCGUAUUGGCAGCGGACAACAGUUCCCGAACCCGGUACCCUCUGGCGCCAACCCUCACGUCCACAUCACCAAGACCGAAAAAACCAAACAGUGCUAAUGGAAAAUUCCUCAAGAAAAAUUUUGCCGACGGCCAGAACAUCAAAACUCAUUUGAAGCAAUCGGAGAAGAAUAAGAAUGCAGCAGAGAAUCCGCCAAAUGUCGUAACGACAUCGUCCACCACCUCUUUGAGUAUGACUACGAACAGGUUGGCAGCAUCUGCUAACGGUUCAACUGCAACCUCAUCUCCUUCCCUGUCUGUAGACUCAGCUUCUGUCACCACUGCUAAUAUUAAAAAUACUGGUACUACUACUACUACAACCACUACUCCUACUACUACAACAACAACAAGGAAAGCAACUGCUGCUGCUGCUACUACUCCUACCACUGCUACAACUACUACUACUACUUCUACAACUGCUGCCACUGCAGAAAGUAAGGCAGUAGUGACAGCUUCAGUUGGGCCUACACCCUCCUCCAUUCUACAGUUAAGGACCGUAACAAAUUAUGUGACGAAGCAGAAAAUUAACCAGAGUACUUCUGCUGCUGCUAAUACUACCACCAAUAGUAACCAUGUUAGUAGUAGUAGUAAUAGUAACAAUGGUGGGAAUAACUCAGUAUUGACAGGUGGAAAUUCUUAUUUGCCCUCCAGUAAUCAGUCAGUGUCAACGGAAAAUCCCGCAUUGACCACAUUCCACCCACAAAAGCCUGAGACAUUUGACAAGAUGCUGAACAACGCCAUCCAUGCUGUGAAGGGCAUGUCCCACAUCCAGUUUGCUUACAUGAUUAUCGGCGUUUUGCUCUUUCUUAUUAGCAUCUUCUUCAUGUGUCUCUACUGCUACGACAAAUCCUACCAGAGUCCAGUUGCUUAUCGGAGCGACCGGAAACACAAGUCAUGCUUCGAGGACCAGGGUUUCCGCAUCCAGAUCCUCAUUGCUCUCUUCAUAUUCUUCUUCAUGUAUGUCGGCAUGGAAGUUACAUUUGGCGGGUUUAUAAUGAUUUUUGCUGUCGAACAGUUUCACUGGAACAAAGACAAUAGUGUGAUGCUAACAUCACUGUUCUGGGGAGCACUUGCUACUGGCCGGGGUAUAUCUAUUUUUAUUACCAGAUGCUGUGUCCCUUGUUGGAUGCUCGUUACAAACAUCACACUAGUCCUUCUUGCCAGUUUAAUCUUAUCGUUUGGCCUGUCUCACUAUCAGGUUCUCCUCUGGGUUGGUACUUUACUGUUUGGGCUUGGUCUCUCAUCCUUGUUCCCAACAGGGAUGUCAUGGGCCGAAAGCUACAUGACAAUGACUGGAAAAGCGACAGCUGUCCUGAUAGUCGGUUCAGCGUUGGGUGAGAUGAUACUACCAGCCAUUACUGGUUUCUUCUUCACCAAAAAGAAGAUGGUUUUGAUGUACAUAAUGUUCAGCCUCAGCCUGCUUAGUUGUCUGUGUUUCAUCAUAAUGCAGAAUCUCGCUUCGAACCAGCAUCGCAAGUCAAUGAGGAGCGAGCUUUCGUCCUCACUCGAGCAACAGCAGCAGGUGUCACUGAUGAACGGCUCACCUUCCAGCCUGUCCCACGGAUGCAACGGCGACCUUACAUGUCGCAAACACGUGACUUUCAAACUCGAUCAUGACAGGGUCAAAUACGACCGGCUCCACUCUUCAGAUGAGGAAUAAGAAACAAUAAAAACAAAGGAAUGAAAAUAAAAUAAAAUAAAAUAAAAAUUGUGAGGUGGCAAAGGAGAAAAAAAACCCUUUU